CAAACAGACGAAUUUUCGGAGACAGAAGCCGUCGUCAUAAUGCAGAAAUAUGAGAAAUUAGAAAAGAUCGGCGAAGGUACAUAUGGUACUGUGUUUAAAGCAAAGAAUAGAGAAACACAAGAAAUCGUAGCACUGAAAAGAGUUCGUCUGGAUGAUGAUGACGAAGGUGUACCCUCAUCUGCACUUCGGGAGAUCUGCUUAUUAAAAGAGCUGAAGCACAAGAACAUUGUACGUCUGCAUGAUGUGCUACACUCCGACAAAAAGCUGACGUUAGUUUUUGAGCAUUGUGACCAAGAUCUCAAGAAAUACUUUGACAGUCUCAAUGGUGAAAUAGAUCCAGACAUAGUAAAAUCUUUCAUGUAUCAACUUUUACGAGGACUUGAGUUUUGUCACAGCAGAAAUGUUCUUCACCGUGACCUGAAACCCCAAAAUCUUCUCAUCAACAAGAACGGAGAGUUAAAGCUGGCUGAUUUUGGUUUAGCCAGAGCCUUUGGUAUACCUGUUCGUUGUUAUUCUGCGGAAGUUGUGACACUUUGGUAUCGACCCCCAGAUGUACUCUUUGGCGCCAAGUUAUAUAAUACUUCAAUCGACAUGUGGUCUGCUGGCUGUAUAUUUGCUGAAUUGGCUAAUGCUGGCCGACCACUGUUUCCUGGAAGCGACGUGGACGACCAGCUCAAGCGCAUCUUCAAGCUCUUGGGCACACCUACCGAGGACACCUGGCCUGGCAUGACCUCACUGCCAGAUUACAAGACAUUCCCCCUCUACCAACCCACAAUGACGCUUGCUCAAGUCUGCCCAAAGCUGAGUAGCAAAGGAAGAGAUCUCUUACAGCGGCUGCUCAUCUGCAAUCCUGCAGUUCGAAUGAGUGCUGAAGAUGCGAUGGCUCACUCGUACUUUGCUGAUCUCUCCACUUCCAUUCGCAAUGGUUAGAAGCCAUAGAGACAAAGAAACUCCACUGGAUAAGUGAACAUGGGUGGAUAUAAGUUUAUUACAUUAUGGAAAGAUUAUUGUAAAAGAGAACUUUAUCUUUAUAUGAGUAGUUUAUAGGAAGACAAUAGAUUUGUAGAUUUUGCAGUUUCAGGGUUGGAAGAAAAUUGCCAAAAGACUUUUCUUAAUUAUGUUUUUAUAUUGAAUGUAAUUGAAGAUUUUGUUUUGCCUUAUUCUUCUUCUUGUUCUGUGUCUUAUCCUUUUUCAUCCCUUUCUUAUUUUAUUUUCUUAUCGGAGGUUUGAGUUAUGAGGUAAUGAGAAAAUGUAUCCCCCCCUCCUGUAUCAGGAACUGUGUGCGUCUGUGUGUAUGAUGUUUGGGGCAUCUAGUGUGUCUUCUUAAUGUCAUUCUCAUUUUAAACACAACAGAAAAUAUAACAUAAGGGGACAGUCUAUCCAACUUGUGGAAAGUAUUUUUAGUUUUGGUAAUAUUGAGACGUAUGCAUUUUUAUAACUUUCAGCCUAAUCUACCUGCACUAAGCUUGUUCAGCCUCCCUUGAAUUUCUAAAGAGUGUUUGACCCCUUUGUCUUUACCCCUUAAAAUCAAGAAUUUUGUGUUUCUUUCAAAAACUGGUUUUUCUUCAGUGCUCUGGUCAUAUUUUGUAAGGCAAGUCGUGUAAGUUUUGAAGCUUGUAAGAUUUUGCACGAAGCUUAUGCCAUUGUCAUAUACUUUUUGAAAUAUUUCAGUGUGUAAGAAUUAUUUUUUCCCUUACAAGCUUUGACUUUCUUCUUUUCUUUCUUUUUUUUGUAUAUCUGAUUACUUUCAACCUUCAAAGAGCUGCCCUGAGCUUGCUAAGCUCCCCCUACCCUGCCUCCUUUUAAAACUGCCUAGAACUUUACCUGUUCAAACCUACCCACCGAAAAUCAUACAUUGUUUUACCAGACAGUGGUUAUUACAUUGUACUUUGUGUAUGAAUAUAUACUCUUAUCCCUUUUGCAGACUUAGGACAGCCUACAGACACUUAUAUAUUCCUCUCUAGAUAUCAUGUUUGAUAUUUUUGUUUUUUCAGUAAACUAGAAAGUAGUUUACAACAUAAGAAGUUGCGACUCGGCCCAUUUUAUAGUAGAAUACUGUGGGAAAAGUUCCUCCUUUCCACUUUUUUUUUUUUUUUUUUUUUUUUCAUAAAUGCAAAAUUAUGGAGAGCUAUAACAUGUAAAAUUGGGAAAAAAUACCAUGGAGGAAACCAUGUAUUCUAGAAUAAAGUGAACCAAAUCCUCUCUUCCCAUGUCAAAAAAUUGCUUCUCAUUUCACUUCCGAGCAGAAAGUUACUGUUCCAGCCUAAGUUUUUGUUUUUUCACUGAUUUUAUUAUGAUUCAAAAACUAGUGGUCUGACUUUUUCUUUCUUUCUUUCUUGCUUUUUUUGAUUACCUGUGGGAAUUUCAUAAGAAUGAAAAGCACAAGCUACAUUUACCAGAAAACUAAAAAUUAGAAAAUAGGUAGACUGUCCCCUUGAGGUCGACUAAAUGCAAAAACUAAGAAGAAGACAAACAAAAAGCAUAUUGAUAAUAAUAUCUAUGCUCUAGAUAUACUCAAUGUUGGUGAAAUUUAUAAAGUCAAAGUUGACUUAGGAAAGUUUCCCAAGAGGCAACUAGAUGGGAAAGUUUUACCUCAUGUUGUUAGCCUCUGUGCUCAAGUAAAAAAAA